AUGACACUGUACUCUCUACUUAUGAGAAGAUUACUUCUAUCCUUUGUUGAAUUUUCUGGCGAGAUCCUAAAUGCAUAUCCAGAGCCUGACCGAAUGUGGUCUAGAGCAAUAGUGAACAGUUUUUUGUUGAAACAUAUGGGAAAUGCAAUGAACAAGGAAGGCACUGGUAAAAAGGUUUUGGGUUUACUAGUUGAAGUUAUGGGAAUGACUUUUCAAAAUCACCUCAUUAGAGUACUUCCAGCAGUGAGAAACAUUCUUCAGUCUGCUGUCAAUGCUCUUGCAUCAACUCAACAAGAUUUAUCAGAUGUUUCAGUGAUUCCGUUCUGGAAGGAGGCAUAUUAUUCUCUUGUUAUGUUAGGGAAGAUCCUAAAUCAAUUUCAUUAUUUGUUCCUGGAUAGGGAGCUAGAGGCUAUUUGGGAAACCAUCUGUGAAUUCCUUUUGCAUCCUCACUUGUGGUUGCGAAACAUAUCAUGCCAGAUUCUGUCUUCUUACUUCACAGCAGUGGAUAACAGCAAAGCCUCAGCAGACGCAUUCUAUCUCAUGAGACCGAGUAUACUCUUCCAUCUAGCUGUUUCUUUAUGUUGUCAGCUGAAGGUGCCAUCGAGUGAUGAUGCUGGCAAAGUUAUCAUGCAAAACCUCGUGUUCUCAAUUUCCCAUCUUCAUUCUUUCUUCGAGAAGAAUGAACACAUGGAUGUUUCUAGUUUCUGGUCAAGCCUUGACAGUGCCGAGCAAGACCGUUUCCUAAAGGCUUUUGGUAUUCUUGAUCCAAGAAAAGGGAAUAGAACCCUUAAAUUGUAUAUUUCUGACAGUGACCAACAUGAUAAAAAUCAGCAUCCAUUCAUUUCCUAUUUUCUCCAGAGAAUGGGGAAGCUUACCUUUCAGAUGGAGGCCAAUCAGAUGAAAAUUGUAUUUGCCUUUCACCAAUCAAUAUCACCAAAACUCUUCCAUUUCUAUAAAGAAUCUCCGCCUACAAACUUUGAUGAUGUCCGCAGUUUUGCAUAUCAACUACUGCUGCCAUUGUACAGAGUCUGCGAAUAG